GCGUGAUGCACAUGUAGGAACUGCCAAGCAAACACCCACGCUGCUGUGCUGUGGCGCGACGGACACACACAGACAGAACAGACAGACAGGGACGGGGAAGCUCGUGGAUUAGGCCAAUGGGCGCGCUCCAGCUGAUGCCGCUGCUCCUGGCCUUGCUCGCCGCCGCGGCGAGGGCGGUCACCGCGGCGGGGGCCGGGCCGCGUCCGAGCGAGGUCGCCGUGGGCGCGCUCUUCACCUACGACUCCGUCAUUGGCCGCGCGGCGCGGCUCGCCAUCGAGCUCGCCGUCGACGACGUCAACGCGGACCGCACGGUGCUCGCCGGCACCCGGCUCAGCCUCAUCGCGCAGGACACCAACUGCAGCGGCUUCGUCGGGACCAUCGAAGCAUUGGAGCUAAUGGAGAAAAAUGUAGUUGCUGUUAUUGGCCCACAGUCAUCUGGUAUAGGCCAUGUCAUCUCCCAUGUUGUUAACGAGCUACAUGUUCCUCUUCUAUCAUUUGCGGCCACUGAUCCAACGCUUUCCGCGUCAGAGUAUCCUUACUUCAUAAGGACAACCAUAAAUGACCUCUUCCAAAUGAAUGCUGUUGCCAGCAUUGUUGAUUACUAUCAGUGGAAAGAGGUGACUGCUAUAUUUGUUGAUGAUGAUUAUGGACGCGGCGGCGUGUCAGCCCUCGGCGACGCACUUGCAGCAAAGAGGGCGAAGAUUUCACAUAAAGCAGCCAUUCCUCCGAACUCAAACACAGAGGUGAUCAAUGAUGUGUUGUUCAGAGCAAAUAUGAUGGAAUCAAGGGUCAUGGUUGUGCAUGCCAAUCCUGACACAGGGAUGAGGAUAUUUUCUGUUGCCAACAAGCUCCAGAUGAUGGCCAAUGGCUAUGUCUGGAUAGUAACUGACUGGCUAGCCGCUGUCCUGGAUUCCUCGGCGUCUGGAGAUCUUAAAGAUAUGAGUCAUAUUCAGGGACUGAUUGUUCUUCGUCAGCACACUCCUGAAUCUGAUGCCAAGGACAAGUUCAUAACCAAAUGGAACAAUGCUGCUCGUAGCAGAGGCAUUACUUCUGGUUUGAAUUCAUAUGGUUUCUAUGCAUACGACUCGGUCUGGGCUGUUGCUCGCGGCAUCGAUAAAUUUCUUGAUAAUGGGCAGCAGGUCAACUUCUCUACAGAUCCAAAGCUGCACAGUUCAAAUGAUAGUACUUUGCAGCUGUCAACUCUCAAGGUAUUUGAUGGUGGUGAGCAAAUGCUGCAGCAGCUUCUGCUCACGAAUUUCACGGGCCUAACUGGUCCGGUCCGAUUUAAUUCGGACCGCAAUCUGGUACGCCCAGCGUAUGAUAUCCUUAAUGUGGGUGGUUCUGGCUCCCGGUUGAUUGGCUACUGGUCCAACUACUCAGACCUCUCUGUGGCUGCUCCUGAAACUUUGUAUCAGAAGCCACCGAAUGCUUCUUCAGUUGCCCAACGGCUCUACAAUGUCGUCUGGCCGGGUGAUUCCACCACUACACCUAAGGGGUGGGUUUUCCCGAACAAUGGUCAGCCUCUGCGCGUCGGUGUUCCGAUCAAGGCGAGCUUCAAGGAGUUAGUGGCAGGUGACAGGGGCUCUGAUCAUGUGACUGGCUAUUGCGUCGACAUAUUCAACGCGGCUAUCAAACUGCUUCCUUACCCGGUUCCUUGCCAGUUCAUAACAAUCGGGGAUGGUAGAAAGAACCCUAACUACGACGACAUUAUUAGUAUGGUUGCUGACAAUUCCCUUGAUGCAGCUGUAGGAGACUUUGCUAUUGUGAGAAACAGAACAAAGAUGGCAGAAUUCACACAGCCUUAUAUUGAGUCAGGGCUUGUGAUAGUAGCGCCGGUGCAAAGAGCAGCUUCGAGUGCCUGGGCUUUCCUGAAACCCUUCACGCUGGAGAUGUGGUGUGUAACAGGCGCUCUUUUUAUUUUCGUGGGGAUAGUUGUUUGGAUUCUUGAACAUCGGACCAAUGAGGAGUUUCGAGGCUCUCCGCGGAGACAAAUUAUAACAAUAAUUUGGUUUAGCUUCUCAACAAUGUUCUUCUCACACAGGCAGAACACCGGGAGCGCGCUUGGGCGGUUCGUGUUGAUCAUAUGGUUGUUCGUUGUGCUGAUAAUCAAUUCGAGCUAUACUGCUAGCUUGACGUCAAUCCUCACAGUCCAACAGCUAUCCACAGGAAUAACCGGGAUCGACAAUCUGAUUUCAAGUGGUUUACCUAUUGGAUACCAGGCUGGAAAAUUCACCAAAAACUACCUGGUCGAAGAGCUCAGUAUUCCGGAGUCUCGCUUAGUAGCGCUAAAUACGAUUAAGGAGUAUGCCGACGCCCUUACACGUGGGUCAGAAGACGGUGGUGUCGCUGCAAUCGUCGAUGAGAUGCCAUAUGUUGAGAUCUUCCUGUCAUACCACUGCGAUUUCAGAAUAGUGGGACGGGAGUUCACAAAGGAGGGAUGGGGCUUUGCAUUCCAGAGAGACUCCCCCCUCGCCGCGGACUUAUCGACGGCCAUCCUUCAACUUUCAGAGAGUGGCCAGCUCCAGAGGAUCCACGACGAGUGGUUCACGAGGCCGAGCUGCUCCUCUGAUGACAGUGAGGUGGCAGCAACCAGCCUUGGUCUCAGAAGCUUCUGGGGCCUUUUCCUCGUGUGCGCCCUGAUAUGCCUCUUGGCUCUGGUGGUAUUCUUCAUACGGGUUUGCUGGCAGUAUAGCCAUUACUCCAGCUCUGAAGCUGCUGCUGAACCCAGUGCAGCUGAUGUUGCCGCCACCACCGAUGCUGUCGAAAGGCAGCGAAGACCGUCACGGCUUGGCAGCUUCAGAGAGCUGAUAGAGUUUGUUGACAAGAAGGAGGCAGAAGUCAGGAGAACGAUGAAGCGGAGACCGAGUGAGAAAGAUAAGCAGCCUGCUGAAUCCUCGGAUGCUCAGCCAGUGGCUUGAGCAGAGAACGUUCUCUCUGACUUCAGUCCUUCAGCUGGCAAAACAGGGAAGGAAGCACGAUACCGGUAAUAUGUUGAAUUGAGUUCUUGCCCAAAAAGAAUAGUAUGGUGAUCUAACUUGCUAAAGGCUUUGAAAGUGAUCUAACUUGUUGUUGUAGCAUGAUCUAAGAAUCUUUUUUCUUUCAUCAAGUCAUUAGAAUCUUGUCUCCAAUGUACACAGUUUGUACUACUAAACAAUUCUCUUCCCAGCUGGCUUGUUUCUCAAGCUGUGAAAGUGGUUUAUUUCAGUUGCA